AUGGCACGACGAAAGUCAAGUACUCAAAUAGGUGCUACAACUGAAUUUAAAGCUGGUUGCCAAGUGUUUUUGGAUUACGCAUAUAGUCACCCGGAAUGUUUGAAUGAAAGGAAGCAAAUACGAUGUCCAUGUUUGAAAUGCAAGAAUGUUAAUUAUCUGGACAGAGACACGGUGAACUACCAUUUGCUUGUCUCUGGGUUCAUGAGAAAUUAUGAAGAAUGUUGGUGGGCACAUGGGCAGAAAAGAGAUGGUGGGCUUACUACAAACAAUUCGGUCAAUAGUGCUACUAAUCGUAUGAACGAUAUGACCCAUGAUCUUGCAGGGCCAGAUUUUGAUUGGGAACAAACAGGUGAACAACCUAUGAAUUCUGAUGCCAAAGACUUUUUUAAGUUUCUAAAAGAGGGUAGCGAACCAUUAUGGCAGGGUUGUACAGAACAUACUAAAUUGUCUGCGGUGGCAACAUUACUCAACAUCAAGGCUGAUCACAAUAUGAGCCAUGAGUGUUUUGAGGCGCUCUUGAAGGCGAUCAAGAGUAUGUUACCUGAGAAUGAGUCAUUGCCUAAUAACUAUUAUUAUUGUAAGAAAAUGGUGAAGAAGUUGGGUCUUGGAUACCAGAAGAUCGAUGCGUGUCCCAACGACUGCAUGUUAUAUUUUAAGGAAAACGAAAAGAUGACACAAUGUACAAUUUGUGGUCAUGAUCGAUUCAAACCUAAUAAAGGGGGGUUGUCUACAAAAAAAUCAACUAUACCGUUCAAGAUUCUAAGGUAUUUUCCUAUAACAGAUCGGCUAAAAAGAUUGUUCAUGUCUUCAAGAACAGCUGAACACAUGCGUUGGCAUGCAAAAUCUCCGUCCAAAGAUGGAGAAUUAAAUCAUCCCGCAGAUGGGGAGGCUUGGAAAGAAUUCAACAAAAAACAUCCAUAA